GGCAUGACAUCCAGACCAGCGAUCCCCAGCCCCGGCCACACGCCCGCGCUGGUCCUUGGCCUGCGGGGACCGGCAGAACGGCAGGCCGCGAGGCGCGGGCGUGGGCUGGGGCACGGGUGCGCGGGGAAGCUUCGGGGUGUUUACGGCCAUGCCCGGCGCUUACGUCACUCAGCCCCGCCUCCCAAGCCGCCGCUGGGGAUCGCAGGGCGUCGGGUUCUCGCAGGAGUCCAGCCCUGCGAGAAGUGCCCGGUGGGGCCACCUGGGUGUGCGCUCCUUGUGGGAAUCCAGUGUAACAAUAGUACAGCGCACAGUAAAUGUAACGGGCUUGAACUGUCCCUAAACCACACUCACGGGUCCAUGCAAAAACUGCCUUCCCCGAAACUGGCGUUUGGGGCCAGCAACGUUGGGCGCCGCUGCCGCGCUCGUGUGGGGGGGGCGGAGCAGCCGCCGCGGCUCAUCCUCCCGCCUCUGGCCGCCCCUGCCCGGCUCCGGCCCCGACGCAGCCCCCGAGAGUGUGGGGUGGAACGGGCGGCUGGGGAGCUGUGGGCGGGGGUGCUGACUGGCAGGACCCUGGGGGGCCGCGGGCAUAGCGGGGAGCACCGCGGCUGGGCCCGGCAGCGCGAGGCCCCGGCGUUCUGCUUGCAGCCGGCGGUCUCACGGGUGUCUGACCCGCACCAGGCGCCGCAGUGGUGACGGUCCACCCGGUCGCCCGAGCAGCUCCACGGUGGCCAGUCCCCCGGCCGUGUUUCCCCCUCACUUUUAGAAGGCCGUGACACGGCUCAGGCGUGUGAAACGACGCACAGUUUAACGAGCGCCCUGGGGCUUUGUGCCCGGCCUAAGCAGUGAGAUGGCGUAGCUUCCCCAGCGCGCUCUGCGCAGGGCCCCGCGUCCUCUCCCCCAGGCACACGCCUGUCUUCCUUGCACGCGUGGGAGGUCGGAGCUCGGACCCUACGGCGGCCUCUUUGAGGGCUCUCCUGGCCCGGGGGGUGUGGCAGCCGCGGGCCCAGCCCGGGCCAGCCUCUGGGGGCUCGGCUGGCUGUCUCACCGCUACCGGGCCGACUUCGCUGACAUCAGCAUCCUGAGCGACUUCUGACCCAGGGAGCAAGGUCGCUGCGGCCGGGGGCCCUUGGACCUGAACUCAGCCUCUGAGACCUGGGGCGGGCCUGCUCCCGGCCCCGGGGACCCCAGAACUGGGGCAGAAGGUACACAGCGGGAUCAGUGCACUUCCCAGGAAUCUCGUUGGCCCCUUUGGGGUGCAGUGGGAAGGAGGUCCUUCCGUGUUGCCCACUGGUCCUGCGGGAGGGCAGCUCCAGCCCUUUGCAAAUGGUUCUAUUUCCUUAGCCCUCGGUGAAGAAUCUUCAUAAGCAGGGCCCGGACACAAAGUCAGGGGUCGGGUCGGGUCGGGUCGGGUCGGGUCGUGAGGCCUUGGCUGGUGCGGAGCCCGUGGUUUGCUCCCGGCUGCCCCGGGCGCUCUUGCUGAGGCUGGGUGCUCAGGCCCAAUGAGAAGUCUCUGUUUGAGACCCCCAGCCCCAGUCCCCAGUGCCCCUGGCCUGUCUCUCCGCGGGGAGGGCCAGGUAGCCCAUGUCGCCAGUCAGAGGCGACACUGCGCCAGGCCUGGGGGUUGAGUGGAGAGUUUGGCGCCCCGCCCCCACCCCCCCCACCUGAGCCGGUCCCCAGGUGUGCCGCGCCGGCCACCUUCCUCUGUCUCACAGUCCACGCGGCCCAAGGCAGCGUUCUCCGGACGAGGGUCCGACGGCACUGCGCAUCUAUGCCCAGGAACCCUGUGCUUCCUCACUGCCCCCGUGCCUGGCACCCCACUCCCACCCUCCCUGCUGCCCUCUGGCCGGGCUGCCCUCCUCCAGUGGCCCCUGCAGAGGGGCCACUCUCCUGCCCAGGCGCUGGCCCUCGGGCUCGCCUCGCUCGGGGCAGAGCUGUGUACGCACACCUGCCACCUUAGGUUGCUAUUCUGCACAUCUGCUCCUUUUCCACGUGUGUCCGCCCCAGCUCUUUGCCUCACCCACGUCAGUGUCACUGAGCAGAAAUACAGCAGUCCUUUGUGCCUGA